CCUCUCAGGCUCAAGAUCUACGAGAGCUGCCGCUUCCUCUCAUCCCUCUCCCUCUUUGUCUCUCUCUGUUGAGCUUCACAGUUUAACGAUCACCGUUUACGACUCCUCACACUUUUGCGGAAGCGAGAGCUUCCGAGAUGGCUUUCAUGGCGGUCUUGGAAUCCGACCUUCGCGCCCUCUCCGCUGAAGCCCGCCGUCGCUAUCCGGGUGUUAAAGACGGCGCCGAACACGCAAUCCUCAAGCUUCGUUCAUUGUCAAGUCCUAGUGAGAUUGCGCAUAAUGAGGACAUAUUACGGAUAUUUUUGAUGGCAUGUGAAGUCCGAACAGUGAAGCUUAGUGUUAUUGGACUUUCUUGUCUGCAGAAACUGAUAUCUCAUGAUGCUGUUUUGCCAUCAGCACUGAGAGAGAUUUUAGCUACACUGAAAAAUCAUGCUGAGAUGGCAGAUGAGGGAGUUCAGCUCAAGACCCUUCAAACAAUAUCAAUAAUAUUUCAGUCACGUUUACAUCCUGAAAAUGAGGAUACCAUGUCCCAAGCUCUUGGUAUCUGUCUCAGGCUUCUUGAAAACACUCGAUCUUCUGAUAGUGUGCGAAAUACUGCAGCCGCUACCUUUAGGCAAGCGGUGGCCUUGAUUUUUGAUCGAGUAGUUUUGGCAGAGUCGCUUCCUGCUGGCAAAUUUGGUUUUGGAGGUCAGCUAUCUAGGACAAGUUCAGUUACCGGUGAUGUUAACCGUAGCAUCAAUCUAUCCGACUCAUUAGACUGUGAAUCAAUAUCUGGAGGGCCGCCAUCAAUGAGGGGGACCUUAACUGAAACUGGAAGACUUGGUCUGCGCUUGCUAGAAGACCUGACGUCUCUUGCCGCAGGUGGAUCUGCAGCGUGGUUACGCGUUAACAUUCUUCCAAGGACAUUUGCACUUGAUAUUAUAGAGUUCAUAUUGUCCAAUUAUGUUGCUGUUUUCAGAAUCUUACUACCCUAUGAGCAGGCUUUAAGAAGGCAGAUAUGUUCACUCCUGAUGACUUCCCUUCGUACCAAUGCAGAGCUGGAAGGAGAAGCCGGUGAACCUAUUUUUCGCCGUUUGGUCUUGCGUUCAGUUGCUCAUAUUAUUAGGCUUUAUAGUUCUUCCCUCAUCACUGAAUGUGAGGUAUUUCUCAGUAUGUUAUUGAAGGUUACCUUUCUUGACUUGCCACUAUGGCAUCGAAUUCUUGUUCUUGAGAUUUUGAGGGGAUUUUGUGUCGAGGCACGGACCUUGCGAAUUCUUUUCCAAAAUUUUGAUAUGCACCCAAAAAAUACAAAUGUUGUGGAGGGAAUGGUCAAAGCUCUUGCUAGAGUUGUUUCAAGUGUACAGAUUCAAGAAUCAAGUGAGGAGAGCCUGGCAGCUGUUGCAGGGAUGUUUAGUAGCAAAGCCAAAGGGAUUGAAUGGAGUCUCGAUAAUGAUGCUUCCAAUGCUGCAGUCUUAGUUGCCAGUGAAGCACAUGCCAUAACUUUAGCAGUAGAAGGCCUACUAGGGGUCGUCUUCACUGUUGCAACGUUAACUGAUGAAGCCAUGGAUGUUGGGGAGCUUGAGUCCCCUAGAUGUGACAGUGACCCACCAGCAAAGUGGACUGGUAAAACUGCAGUUCUCUGCAUUUCAAUGGUUGACUCACUGUGGUUGACAAUACUUGAUGCAUUAUCCCUUAUUCUAUCAAGGUCAAAAGGAGAGGCUAUUGUAUUGGAAAUAUUAAAGGGAUAUCAGGCAUUUACUCAGGCUUGUGGGAUUCUCCGAGCUGUAGAGCCCUUAAACUCAUUUCUUGCAUCCCUUUGCAAGUUUACUAUCAAUUUUCCAGCAGAAACAGAAAGAAAGAGUGCUUUGCCAUCUCCGGCAUCAAAACGGUCCGAACUAUCAGUUGAACAGAGGGAAAGCAUAGUGCUUACUCCCAAGAAUGUACAGGCUUUGAGAACUCUCUUCAACAUUGCUCACCGACUGCAUAAUGUUUUGGGCCCAUCAUGGGUUUUGGUGUUGGAAACUCUAGCGGCUUUAGAUCGAGCGAUUAAUUCCCCACAUGCCACUGCCCAGGAGGUUUCUACUCCUGUCCAAAAGUUUACAAGAGAGCUGUCAGCCCAAUACAGUGACUUCAAUAUACUCUCUUCCUUAAAUUCUCAGCUUUUCGAGAGUUCUGCUUUGAUGCAUAUUUCUGCUGUGAAGUCCCUCCUCUCUGCUUUAUGUCAACUUUCACAUCAAUGCAUGUCUGCUUCAAGUGUUUUGGGACCAACUGCAAGUCAAAAAAUUGGAAGCAUAAGCUUUUCAGUGGAGAGAAUAAUAUCCAUCAUUGUGAAUAAUGCUCACAGAGUGGAACCGUUUUGGGAUCAAGUUAUUAGUCACUUUCUUGAGCUUGCUGAUAAUCCUAAUCCACAUUUGAAAAAUAUGGCACUUGAUGCACUUGAUCAAUCAAUAUCUGCUGUGUUAGGUUCUGACCAAUUCCAUGACUACAAACAAUCCAAAUCUCUUGAAAAUCCUGAGAAAAUGGAAGUCACUCUUGAUAGGUUGAGGUCUCUGGAAAUUUCAGUCAUAUCUCCUCUAAAGGUUCUUUAUUUUUCUACUCAAAGCGUAGAUGUUCGUGUUGGGUCUUUGAAAAUUCUAUUGCAUGUCUUAGAGAGACAUGGAGAAAAACUUCAUUACAGCUGGUCUAAUAUACUAGAAAUGUUGAGGUAUGUAGCUGAUGCUUCAGAGAAAGACCUUGUUACUCUUGGUUUCCAGAAUCUACGGGUGAUAAUGAAUGAUGGACUCUCCACCUUACCUGCAGAAUGCCUUCAAGUGUGUAUUGAUGUGACUGGAGCAUACAGUGCUCAGAAGACAGAAUUGAAUAUAAGCUUGACUGCCGUUGGCCUUCUGUGGACUAUGACUGAUUUCAUUGCAAAGGGCCUUGUCAAUGGACCUUUAGAAGAAAAUGAAACAGGUGUUGGUUCCAUAGUUAAGCAGGUAGACAGUGAAAAGAUGGAGGGUGAAACUCAUAGUAUUUCUUAUAAUGUGAGAGAACACGCUUCAUAUAUAGAUGAUAUUGAUUGUGAGAGGCUCCUUUUCUCUGUUUUCUCGUUACUUCAAAACCUUGGGGCUGAUGAGAGACCAGAGGUGAGGAACUCUGCUGUCAGGACACUUUUCCAAACAUUAGGAACUCAUGGUCAAAAGCUCUCCGAAAGCAUGUGGGAAGAAUGCCUUUGGAAUUAUGUAUUUCCUACAUUAGAUCGUGCAUCUCACAUGGCUGCAACUUCGUCUAAAGAUGAAUCACGAGGGAAAGAACUUGGAACUCGAGGAGGAAAAGCAGUUCACAUGCUCAUACAUCAUAGUCGUAACACAGCUCAAAAGCAGUGGGAUGAAACUCUCGUGCUGGUUCUUGGUGGAAUAGCACGUAUAUUACGGUUAUUCUUUCCCUUUUUCAAAACCUUAAGUAACUUCUGGUCUGGCUGGGAAUCAUUGCUUCAAUUUGUUGAGAAUAGUAUUGUUAAUGGAAGUAAAGAGGUAGCCCUUGCAGCAAUAAAUUGUUUGCAGACAACUGUUACCUCCCAUUCAUUGAAGGGACAUAUGCCAAUGCCUUACCUUAUUUCAGUGAUUGAUGUUUAUGAGCUUGUUCUGAAAAAGCCAUCCAAUUAUGGUGGCUCUGCCCCUGAUAAGGUGAAGCAGGAGAUUUUGCAUGGUCUUGGUGAGCUGUAUGUUCAAGCUCAAGGAUUAUUUAAUAAUGUCAUGUACACCCAGUUGAUAGCUAUCAUAGAUUUGUCUGUGAAGCAAGCCAUGUUGACCAAUGAUAACUUCGAAACAGAAUUUGGAAAUGUGCCACCUGUUCUACGGACAAUACUGGAGAUCUUACCACUAUUACGUCCAACAGAGCAUAUUUCUUCUAUGUGGCUUGUUCUUCUUCGAGAGUUUCUGCAGUAUCUUCCAAGACCAGAUUCUCAUAUGCAGAAUGAGGAUGGUAAAAUAGAUCAAUCUAGAGAGUCUCAGACAAACCAUGAAGCACCUAAUGGCACUACAAUAACACCUAAUAAAGUAGCGGUAUCUCCAGGUUCUGGAUCUACUGCAGCAACAAAUUCACGCAUUCCUAGUUAUAUAUUUGCAGAAAAGCUAGUUCCCGUGCUGGUAGAUCUUUUUCUGCAGGCACCUGCUCUUGAGAAGUAUAUUAUUUACCCUGAAAUUAUUCAAAGCCUUGGAAGAUGUAUGACAACAAGAAGAGACAAUCCUGAUAGUGCACUUUGGAGGUUAGGUGUUCAAGCAUUCAACCGUAUUGUUGUUGACUACGUCAGCAAAUUAACCAAUGGUGAUCCAGAAACAACUAUGAACAAACCUGCCAAGACACGUAUAUGGAAAGAAAUGGCAGAUGUUUAUGAAAUAUUCCUUGUUGGAUAUUGUGGACGAGCUCUUCCCUCGAAUUCCCUCUCAUCAGUGGUGUUAGAGGCUGAUGAGUCCCUUGAGAUGUCCAUCUUAGAUAUUCUUGGUGACAAGGUCCUUAAGUCACCAAUUGAUGCCCCUACAGAAGUUUUGCAGCGACUAGUCUCUACUCUAGACCGUUGUGCAUCACGCACGUGCUCAUUACCUGUGGAGACAGUAGAGCUCAUGCCUCCACACUGCAGUAGAUUUUCCUUGACUUGUUUACAAAAGUUAUUUUCCUUGAGCAGUUAUUCUCAUGAAGUUGACUGGAAUACUACCAGAUCUGAAGUAAGCAAAACCUCUAUUACAGUGCUUGUGACCAGAUGUGAUUACAUCUUGAGCCGGUUUCUGGCAGAUGAAAUUGGCCUUGGUGAGUAUCCUUUACCCAAAGCAAGACUUGAAGAAUCUAUUUUCGUCCUUCAAGAACUGGCACGUCUUCUUGUUCAUCCAGAAGCAGCAUCUGUUCUCUCCUUAAAGCCACGUUUGGGAAGUGCCAUAGAAGAGAACAAGGAGAACGAUGAGAACCGCUCCCAUCUCUUUGUGCUAUUACCUUCCUUUUGUGAGCUUGUUACAUCAAGGGAAUUAAGAAUACGGGAGCUAGUACGAAUAUUGCUUCGAUUAAUAGCCAGGGAAUUGGCUCUGGAAAAGCUCAGUUUAGCUGAAAACAAUACUUCCAUACGACGGCACCCUUAAGUUUGUUUACUUCAAAAGUUUUAAGCUUCCAUGGAUUUUAUUACAUUUUGUGUUUAUCGCGCCUCCCUUUAUCCUCUUGUCUAUUGUAAAUUUUUCUGUAGACUAGGCUAGAACUAUCUAUAGGGAUCAGGAAAUAGAAGUUUGCAUUUUUUCUAUACCCUUGUCAUGAAGUGUGGUUAACCCUACUGUCCCAGCUUCAUUAUCUACAUCCCCACCGAACAAGUCAACAAGGGACGCUGAGUGUCAUGUGGUAUAUACAACCGGAUUUCUAAAGAGGCAGAAACAGCAUAAGGGUAGGAAGCAUAAUCUGUGUGACGGAUCCUAGGAGCAGGAUCUACAUUCCCCUUGCCAAUUUUGUUGUACUACAUCUGGAAUAGCGAGUCUAACAAUGAGCGAAAGCUUUUUAUUUUUCUUUUUUAAA